GCAUCCACACUAGUUCUUCCGCUGAAGUGGGAAGACUGUAUAAGCUUCGCUGUUGCUGUCUCAACCCAUCCCCGUUUAUUCUAUCAAACUCCGAAUCACCACCUGAAAUAACGGAAUAAUGCGAAAUAAUGGCAUUUGCUGUAGCUUACCUGACUCUUUACAAAGGUCCUUGAAUGCAAAGGAGUAAUUAUAUCUUACUUUUUGCCUUUUUAAAAAAUGCCUUUUAUUCAAAAUAAAUCCAUCAAUGAAGCAUCCGACGCUGCGCGUUUGGCUUUCUUCUAAAGCUCUCGAUGUAGGGCGAGAGGGGGUUGAAUAAAUAUUUUUUUGGAAGCAACUGCUGUGCAAUUGCACUUGCUUUUCUCGGAAGAGAGAAAGAGACCGAGAAAGUGUUGUCGAAAUGAAAUUUUGUCCCGUUUCUCGUUUUCCGCUGUUGGUUUGCUCUUUGAGUGUAUGGCUGCUUUGCAAUGGAGAGCCGUCUGGAAUCAGGGUCCCUCUGAAAAAUGACAUCGGGAUCUCCAGCAGGGUGCCCAGAGCUGCUGAUGGAACUGAUCGGAGACAAAGUAUCAAUUUUAUGGAAAUGGUUGAUAACCUCAGAGGGAAAUCCGGGCAGGGUUAUUAUGUGGAGAUGACAAUAGGAACACCUCCUCAGAAGCUGAACAUUCUGGUGGAUACGGGUAGCAGCAACUUUGCUGUUGGUGCAGCAGCGCAUCCAUUCCUGAAGAGGUACUAUCGCCGCAGUCUCUCCAGCACUUACCGAGAUCUGAGGAAGAGUGUCUACGUUCCCUACACCCAGGGGAAGUGGGAAGGGGAGCUCGGGACAGACAUUGUCAGCAUUCCACAUGGUCCUAAUGUCUCGGUCAGAGCAAACAUUGCUGCCAUCACAGAGUCUGAUAAAUUCUUCAUCAAUGGUUCCAACUGGGAGGGGAUACUGGGAUUGGCGUAUGCUGAAAUUGCCAGGCCUGAUGAAAACCUGGAACCCUUCUUUGAUUCAUUGGUGAAGCAGACCCAGGUCCCCAACAUCUUCUCACUGCAGCUGUGUGGAGCAGGCUUUACCCUGAAUGAUACGGAUGCAACAUCAUCUGUGGGAGGAAGCAUGAUAAUAGGUGGAGUUGAUUCUUCCCUGUAUCUGGGCAACAUCUGGUUCACACCAAUCAGGAAGCAGUGGUACUAUGAAGUCAUUAUAGUAAAGAUUGAGAUCAAUGGACAAGACCUGAAUCUGGACUGUAAGGAGUACAACUACGACAAGAGCAUCGUAGACAGUGGAACCACAAACCUCAGGCUGCCCAAGAAGGUCUUCCAAGCUGCAGUGAAAUCCAUCAAGGCCGCGUCUUCUACGGAGAAGUUCCCUGAUGGGUUCUGGUUGGGUGAGCAGCUGGUAUGCUGGCAGGUUGGCACCACGCCCUGGCACAUCUUCCCUACAAUAUCACUGUACCUCAUGGGAGAGGCCACCAAUCAAUCUUUCCAAAUCACCAUCCUACCACAACAAUACCUACGUCCAGUAGAAGACGUGGCCACCUCUCAGGAUGACUGCUACAAGUUUGCCAUUUCCCAGUCCACCACAGGAACUGUGAUGGGGGCCGUCAUCAUGGAGGGGUUUUAUGUCGUCUUCGACCGUGCCCGAAAGCGCAUUGGAUUUGCAGUUAGCACCUGUCACGUGCACGAUGAGUUCCGCUCAGCCACGGUGGAGGGUCCCUUCUUCAGUACAAACAUGGAGGACUGUGGCUACAACAUUCCACAGACGGACGAGUCAACGCUGAUGACAAUUGCGUAUGUGAUGGCGGCCAUCUGCGCUCUCUUCAUGCUGCCCUUGUGCCUGAUGGUCUUUCAGUGGCGCUGUUUCCGUUGCCUUCGCCGUGAGCACGAUGACUUUGCAGAUGACAUAUCGCUGCUUAAGUGACAGCAGAAGAACUCUUCAAGAUGGAAGAAAACUUUUCUUUCUCCAUUUUUUAAACACGUGGCAGUUUACAGUGCGGAACAGAAGGGCAGGUGUGUAGAGUAUUGAAGUCGAAAGCCAUAUGGCUGGUUUGAGACUUAACAACAAUUGUAGCGUAUGCAAGGUAACUUCCCAUUUGUACCUGCCUUUCCUCAUCACAUGUUCAAUUAGUCAGAUCAUUCGAGGCCUGUGUCCAAAUACCCACAGGUCAGCAGUGACGUUUGAGAGUCAAGUAACUCAACAGGUACGCAAAUUCUCUACACUUGCAACAUAGAAUUUAAAAGACAAAAUCCACCAAGAUAUCUCCAAAAGAAACUGUAAAUACAAGCCACAGAAAUAUUUUUUAUCUGUUUAAUUCCUCAUCUUGGGUCACAACCAAUCAUAUGUUCCACUGGACUAACGGAAAAUACAUGAGCAAUAGAAAUGAUUGUUAAAUACCGCUCCUUGAUUAUCGCUGAUUUCUGGCAUGUGUAGCCCUAGUGUGGCCACUAUUUCCUACAAAGAGUGCAAUAUGGUUUUACACUACCAGCACUUUUACAUUACUGUAAGUUUAGCAUCAACAUUUAAACUGUGGAAAUGUGAUGUAUACAUUUGUGUGUAAAUAUCUAUAAAUGUACACAUUACAGUAUUGCAUAUUUAAUUUUCAUUAUAUUUAGCAUCAUUUACAGAACAGCAAUGGACCAUUGCAUAAUGACAAUGAUCAUGCAAGGGGCUUUCGCCUUCUCCUCCAGAAGACCCCCAAUUCCUUACUAAAGUACUUUCUAAUGGACGCUGGCCAUCCUUAGUACUUGUGGAAAGAAAAUCAUUUAAGCCAAGCCCAGAUAAUAAAUGUCAACAAGUAAUGUGAUCCGGGAUUUCACCCCAGCUAAGCCUGACUGUGUUAACUUGCCAGUUUAUACAUGAGCCAUUGCUAUUAAAAUGCUGUCUGAUUACCGGAGCUACUCCUGGAUAACAGUUGACCUCUCAUUUUUGGAACAGCCAAGGUGACAGUAGUAAGAUACAAGAGACUACAGAUACUGGAAUCUGGAGUAACGCACAGAGCACUGGAGGAACUCAGUGGGUCGAGCAGCAUCUGUUGGGGGAGAGGAAUGGUUAACAUUUCAGGUUGAGACCCUGCAUCAAUCCUGAUGCAGGGUUUUGACCCAAGACGCCCAUAUUUCCUUCCCCCCAAAUGCUGCUCCACCCGCUGAGUUCCUCCAGCAGAUUGUUUAUUGAGAGUAGAGAGCUGGAGUCUCCCUCUAUAUUUACACAAGGGUGCUACCCACUGCCCCCAACCCAAUGUGAGUACCAGAUAGUAUGCAGUGGUGACAACCAUGGCUGAUUAUCCCUAACCUGGCCCAGAAAUAAUAAAAGCCAAUUUGUACUCCUUUUUGUUAUUCUAAAAUUUAAUCUGGCAAGUCAACAUAGACUGCAGAACCAGGACUUCUGGGUUUACAGGGCAUUUUCAUCAACUGAGCCACAAAGGGAGACUAUAUUUAGCUUGUUUUUUUUCCUAAAAUAAGAGGUCAACGGUUAUCGAGGAGUAAUUUCUUGUAGUCUCCACACUAAUCCAACAGCUUUUCAAAUAUAAACCAGCAAGCUAACAUUGAAGCCUUUGCUAACAACCUCUGCUUUAUUUCCAUGGAUACCAUAUUUUACUGCCAAUCUGUUAUCUUUGUUGAGGAAGAAUUGCACCUAUAGUUUGCCCUACAGGAUGUCCCCCCAAAGCUCUUCACACAAUAACAGCACAUCAUUCAGUGUACUCACUAUUGGAACACAGGGAACACAACAAAACAAAUUUGCACACAGCAAGCUCCCAAUGUGAUAAGCUACUCUGUCUCAUUUUGUUAAUAUUGAUUGGAGGAUUAACAUAGGGCUCAUCUCUCUCACUGCAUUUCAAAAUAAUGUCAUGGGAUCCAUUAAAAAUAUCAGACUAGUGCUUGAUUUAACAGCAACUCCAGGCUCCAACAGCCUAGACUAUUGCACUCAAGUCUCUGGAGCAGAACUCAAACCCAGAUGCUACACACUCUAAAACGAAUGUCCUGCUAAUGGGGUAAUGACUUCCAUCGACAUUAACACCUUGGAAACACAAUGCUGGAAUCUGGAGCAAAAAGCAAAUUGCUGGAGGAAUUCAUCGUCUGAGGAGGGAAAUGGACAGUUGACAUUUGGACCAGAUGAAGGGUCUCGACCCAAAAUGUUCACUGUCCAUUUCCCUCCAUAGAUGCUGCCUGACCUGCUGAAUUCCUCCAGCAGUUUGAUUUUUGAUGACAUUAACACUAGCACUGAUUAAGCAACAUUGAAUUGUUAACUUGCUGAAGUUUACACCACAUAUCAAACUGGUGGCAGAGUUAAAGUAGACAACAUUAUUUCAUCCAUAUCUUUCAUAAAAAUGUGGUGCAAUUUGAGGAUUAAAGCAAUGAGAACACUACAAUCUGCUCCUCCUAAUUUAGUCCCUCAUCUCAUUUUCAGUAUCUGGAAUGUUUCAGUGUUAGCAUUAAUUAAGAUUUUUUUGCGAUUACUCUCAAAACAUGUUCAAUAGAAACAACCGCUCAUUAAAUGAACUAGACACUUGUCAAGGAUAGUUGGAAAACCCAGGUAACUUUCAACACUUUCAUGGUUGGAGGCCCCAUUAUUGCAAGUCUCAGAAGGUCUGGAGUAAGGGGAUGUUCUUUGUCUAAGGGUGACAACCCUGCUCUGUCUCCCUAUAAAAUCAUCCACUUAUGGAGAGUAGUUGCUACCUGAAACAAGGUCAAGGCAGUGCUACCAAUUGUAAUAUAAUACAGUUUUGUAUGCUGCCUGUGCUAAGUUGCAGUCAGAGAACUGUAAAGAGAGGAAAAAGGUUGUGAGAAGGAUUUGAGAGGAGGCAGAACAGCAAGAGUGAAGAGCAAAGGAGGACAGUACAAUGACAAGGUCAUAAAGUGUCUGGUACAGAUUCCAGUAGCAAGCAGAGAAGACACUGAGAGCCACAAAGCAAGAGGACAAAGGCAAAGGCAAUCUCACCCACCAACUGACAGCGAACUAGAUACAGAAUGACAGAAAAAACAGCUGGUAAGGCAAUGAUGGGAAAGGGAGCACAAGGGAGAGUAUACAAGUGGUAACGGAAGGGAUAUGACAGGCAAAUGGGAGAGAAUAUACUCAAUGAGGAGGGAAGAAUGGUUGGCUCAGGAGAGGCACGUUACUGAUCCUGCAAGGGAUUUGGCAAAGGCAAGUCAACUUUUUAAGCUUUCAACAGUUAUCAGAGAUGCAAAGGAGAAUCUUCUGCAGUCAAACGAAUGUGGCUUAUUAUUUUAAAACAAAUGGGACAGGGUCUAGUAAUGAAAAUUCUUGCACCAUGAUCUGCACCUUCCAGAAAGCCAAUAUCCCACUUCAAAGUGCCGUCAUUAUUUACAUCCUAAAGAAAAAUAAGUCACGUCCAACUGAUGUUUAUGACUCAUGACCUGGUCUCUCUGCAAAGACAAAACCAGCAGUUUUUUAAAAACAAGCAUCUGCCUAUGUGCAGAAAUUCCCCAACAAAUGGGUCCAGAAUCUUAAUUACACCACCGUUUCUUAAGCAUAAUCUGCAGUUAAAGGGAUAGCCCAGGUUAAACAAAGCUUCAGUUUACCAGCUAAACAUUCUCCAAGUACAAUCUAGAUCCGAAAUUAUCCCAGGAUGUCAGAUUUUUAAACAAAAAGAACAACUCAGUUCCUGCACCUGUAAAUGGUUCUGUUUAGUCGUGAAAAUUUAUAUUUGUCGAGACGUAGAAGUCUCUGAGAAAGGUUAUUUUCAUCUCAGAGGGGUUGUAAACCAGCCUAAAUUUUAACGUGCUUAAUUAAGAAAUUGCAGCAAACACCUUAAAAUAAAUUAAACCUACAGACAGGUUAUGAACAUGGAUUCUUGUUCAUUGGGAUUUUGUUCCUUUUCCAUUAAGCUUUUCCCUCUGGAUUCCUUUGGAUUUGCAAGGAAUCUAUAUAUUAAAAAGAGGCCCUAAUUAAAUCCAUCUUAGCUUGACUUCAGCUCAAAUGCAAAGUUAAUUGGUACCAACUAAUGCUCAUCUGAAGCAGUCAAUGUUCUAGUAAUACAGUCUUUUACAAUAUGGUCCACUUUCUCUUAAAUGGAUUGUGCAGAGAUCUUAUCUUCCUCUACUCGAUAUUACCCAAACCCAGUUACUGUAUGACCACUGUACAUCAUGAUUAAUAAAAGGAACUACCUGUGGUUGAACAUUUUCAAGAACUCACUGCCACCCUAAAGAUCUUGUUAAAUUUCUGACCUUCCAGUUUUGAAUUAACACUAUGGAUAUUGCAACAUUGAUAUUUUAGGGAACAUCUUUAAAUGCUUGUAUGAAGGGAUACAAGGAUGUUGUUGCAUUUUGUGAAAUAUCCUCAAAUAUAUGAACUUGACAUUCCA